AUGACGCCGAUGAUGGAUCCAUCGACCUCAUUGGCCAAUUUCACAUUUGGGAAUUUACAAGAGUUAUGUCAGAAUCAGACACAUCUCAUCAUUACAAACACAACCGCCGCCGCUGCUGCGACUACCAAAACACCGCCUGGAGCACUGUUUGUCUGGGGAGUGGGUCUCCUAUUCGUCACACUCAUCAAUAUGUGUGCAGUCGUCGGAAUUGGAGUUAUGCGAUAUCUCACAAAGAAUACGUAUAAUCAGAUAAUCACACUAUUCGUGGGUCUCGGCGUCGGUUCGCUGUCCGGAUCGAGUUUCUAUCAUUUGCUGCCACAGGCGCACCCGAGUCUAAUGGAAGAAGUUGAUGAGAACGGAGAGAAGACGUGGGAAUAUCUUCAUAUGGCUCAUAUCUCAAUUCUCGGAGUCUACGCAUUCUUUUUCUGCGAUAAACUCAUCAAAAUCAUUCUGGAAAUCAGAAAAAAGAACCAACACAUUCACCACCGUCGUCUAUCCAUCGAGAAUCCGGGAAUGUCUUCGGAGAGAAGCGAUUCGACAUUCGUCACAGAAGCAGGCGAUAAGGAAGAGGAAUUGUUGAGAAGUGUUCUCAAAAAAGGAGUAAUGAGCCGUGCGGACGUCGACGAGACCGAAAUGAUGACUUUGGAGGAUAAAUCUGGAAAAUCGAUGGGAAAUCAGGCUCACGGCAUCUGUGUUCACGACCAUUCGAUUGAAUUCCGUGCGGGAGAUUCUGCAAUUGCAGCAGUCGCAUGGAUGAUUGUAUUCGGCGAUGGUCUUCACAAUUUCAUCGACGGAAUUUCGAUUGGAGCGGCGUUUGCCGAUUCGACACGUGCUGGAUUGUCCAUUUCGUUGGCUGUGCUUUGUGAGGAGUUCCCACAUGAAUUGGGAGACGUUGCGAUAUUGGUUGCAUCUGGAAUGUCACUGAAACAGGCGAUGAUAUACAAUCUUCUCUCUGCUAUCACUUGUUAUGUUGGAUUCGUACUCGGCGUGUUCAUUGGAGAGGAACCAUGGGGAGCGAAAUAUGCAUUCGGAUUGGCUGGUGGCAUGUUUUUGUACAUCUCGUUGGCUUGCAUGAUGCCAGAAAUGAAGAAAGCAAUGGAAGAGGCAUUGAAUGUGUCCCUUCGUCACGGAAUAUACGUUCUCUUCUUGCAAUCGAUCGGCCUAUUCUCCGGAUUGACUCUUAUGUAUAUGAUGGCAAGAUACGGUGAUUCCAUCUCUAUCGGAACACCACCAACGACACCACCAAUACUCUAA